AUGCAGCUCUGUUAUGGAAUACUACUCGCUGCUUUGCUGAGCGCUCCGUCGCUAGUUGCGGCUUCACCGACUCAAUCCGCUGGUGAUCUCAUGCUAGAGCUUAACAGCAAAGCAACUAGCGCGCUAGAAACUGCUCAGGCACCAAGCAGUCGCAAGAAGUGCACAAUCGCCAACGCGGACGUGCGCCGGGAUUGGAAAGCCCUAUCUAAAAAAGAGAGAAAGGCAUACAUCAAUGCCGUUUUAUGUCUGCGAAAGAAACCUUCCAAAGCGGACCCUUCUUUUGCGCCUGGUGCACGCACCAGAUAUGACGAUUUUGUCGCUGUGCAUAUCAACCAGACUCGCACCAUUCAUGCAACUGGAAACUUCUUCACCUGGCAUCGAUACUAUACCUGGGUGUAUGAAAAAGCUUUGCGAGAUGAGUGCGGCUACAAAGGCACCCAGCCAUACUGGAACUGGUUUGAAACAGGCGACUUUGCAACUAACCCCCUCUUCGACGGUUCCGAGACCAGUAUGAGCGGCGAUGGCGAGUUCUUCAAGCAUAACGGCUCUGUUUCUGGCCAAGGAACUAUUUUUCUCCCAAGCGGUAACGGAGGUGGCUGUAUAAAAAAUGGCCCCUUUGUCGGCGCAACCGCUAAUCUUGGACCUCCCUCUCCCGGUAUGGACGGAAUGGAAGCCACCAGUGCACCCCUAGAGUACAACCCCCGCUGUCUCCGUCGAGAUCUCGGCCGUUACGCGAUUGAUAAGUGGAUGGAUUUUCACAACUUGUACAACGUCACGCUCGGCGAUGCGUCACACAGCAUUCAGAUCAUGCAAGACGAGUUUCAAGGCCGAUUUCCAGAUCGAUUCUUGGGCUUGCACGGCGCUGGUCACUUUGCCAUUGGUGGUGACUCAUCUGAUCUCUACUCUUCGUCUAACGAGCCUGUUUUCUUUUUGCAUCAUGCUAUGGUUGAUCGUGUUUACUGGAUCUGGCAGGCUUUACAUCCCAAGCAGGCUCGGGAUAUCGCUGGUACUAUCACUAUCGGGAACAGACCUCCCAGUCGGGACACUUUGAAGUCUGAUCCUCUGAAUAUGGGGGUCAAUGCGGCGGAGAUCACCAUUGAUGAUGCGCUUGACACUCUGGGUGGUUCACCAUUCUGUUAUAUCUAUCUCUAA